UCUUCCUAACCUGUUUUUUUUUUCGUUUCUUCUUUCUUCUCUCUCUUGUCUUCACUCCAUUUUUUUUAAUCAAUCUCAUUCCCUUAUCUCUCUUUCUCUUUCUUUCUCUCUCCCUCUCUGUUUCUUUCUCGUCUCUUCCUCCAUAAUUUACUUGCCUCUCUUAUUUACUGUUUUGGUUCCUUGUUUUUCAUCUUGUCUUUUCAUUCCCUUUAUUUCAAUUUUGCGUCUUAUCCACCGAUUUGUCUUAUUUCUCUCUUCUUUCCACUGACUAAUCUUUUUUCCUACUCUUUCUUCUUAUUUUGUUUUGUUUCCUCGUUCAUCGAUUUGUUAAUAUUUCUUUUCAUAUUCUUUCCCGCAUUGUUGCUUAUCAUAGUCCAUCAGCCAAUUACUUUUUUUUUCUUUUACUUAUUAUCAUCUUCCCUUGUUUGUUUUGCUUUCAUCCUGGUUCUUAUUCUCGUCUCCUCUAUAAGUUCCCCCUCUUUCAUUGACUUAUUAUUAUUAUUCUCUUUGCGUCUUCUUGUUCCCCUCUCCCCUGUUAGCUUCCCUGGUUCCGUGCGCCGUUCAAAAGCCACAAAAGGCACUAAAAGACACAUAUCAGACGCUCAAUACGAUGAAAAUUUAAGUAUUACUAGACCUCUGUCCCAAACUUCCACUCCUCCAGUUUGCCCUCGCUCAGUUAUUCACGAAAGGUCACUUUUAUUGCCGUGUGUCGCCCGUGGUCAGGUCAGCGCGCCAAGCCACGUCAGUUAAGCCAAGCCUGUACUACCAGACCAAGCCAACCUAGCCAAGCCAAGUCAGUUAAGCCAGUCAGCGAAGUUAUUUCAGUCAAGCUAGCCAAGUUAGUUAAGCCAGCCAAACUAACCAAGCCAAGCCAAGCCAGCCAAGCCAGCUAAGUCAAGCCAGUUAAACUAGUUAAGGCAAUUAAUUCAGCCAACUCAACUAAGCCAGCCAAGUCAGCCAAGCCAAGUCAGCCAAACCAGUCAAGCCAGCCAAGCCAGUUAAGCCAAGCCAGUUAAGCCAAGCCAUUUGAGCCAAGCCGGUUAACCCAAGCCAUUUGAGCCAAGCCAAUUAAGCCAAGCCAGUUAAGCCAAGCCAGUUGAGCCAAGCCAGUUAAGCCAAGCCGGUUAAGCCAAACUAGUUGAGCCAAGCCGGUUAAGCCAAGCCAGUUAAGCCAAGCCGGCUAAGCCAAGCCAGUUAAGCCGAGCCAGUUAAGCCAAGCCAGUUGAGCCAAGCCGGUUAAGCCAAGCCAGCCAAGUCGGAGAAUCGAUCUUGGAAGAAAACGUGAAUUUAAAGAUUUAUCAGAAGAAAGACAGAAAAGAAAACGUAGAACUUAAAAAAGAAAUAAAAAAAAGUAGAGAAAAAUACCCAAGAAAAAUCUACGCAUUUCAAAAUCCGUCUCAAAGAAAACGUGAGUAUCGAAAGUUUGUCAGAGAGGAACACGGAGAAUUACAGCUGAAUCUCGUCUGCCGCGUGUGUCAUAAAUAGCCUCGUAUUUUGAGUAACCCCGUGUAUUAACCUGACACUGAGACUUCCCGCUGGUCAGGUCACUCCCUCGCCACUUCAGCCACUCCUCUCACCUCUCACAAUCCCCUUCCUUCUCUUUACCUUCUUAAACUAUUCUUUCUCUCUCUCUUCCCCCCAGUUCCCCCUAAACCCUUUCUUCCCCUCACCAGUCGCAAUUCCAUUCCCUCUCUUUACCUUCUUAGACUUCUCCUCUUUCCCUUCACCUCUCAGAUUCCCUUCCCUUUCUCCCACUCUCCCUUAGCUUCUCACUCUCACUCCCUUCCUCCCUCUCCCUCCCCUCCCAUUUCCUGAUUCCUCCCGUAAUUCUCUCUCACUUCCCCUGUCACCCUUUCCAGCGCUUCCCUUCCCGGCUCUCCAUUAAUUUCCUCCCUUCCGCCGCCUCUCCCUCCUCUCCCUCCCGCCUCCCGUCACCCAUAACACCUCUCCUUGUUCCUCCGUCCCUCACUCCUCCACCUGCCCGCUGAUCGAAAGAGGAAUAGGAGAGAGGAAACGAAAGGAGGAAGAAGCGGGAAGAGGAAAUAAGGACAGUGCCAAGUGGAGGAGGAGGUGGAGGAGGUGGAGGAGGAGGACGAGGAGUAAGGACGGGUGGGCUGCGUUGGGCAUGGUUCGGGAAGUGUCAGUUCGAGCCGUAUUGGUGGCUCUGGCUCUACCCUCCAUCGCCUGCUACCUCCUGUUGGUGCAGUCUGCGGGGCCGCGUGUCUCUGAGGAAGGUUCAUGGACUGACGUAGGCUCGUGCCCUUCCUGUUACAACCACGAGAAUGAUCCCUCAGGCAUCAGCAUCACCUCGUAUGACCUGCCUGACGAUCCGUGGUGGGCAGGUUGGGCGGAGGUUCAGAAGACCAGGCUGGCGGCACUUCGGCUAGCUUGCCUUCAGGUCCGCGGCGCUCGAGUCAAGCCGUUUUCGAAGCUCCUGUUGUUUCGAAAGUACCUCUACAAUUUGCUCGUGGAUGACCGGCACCGCGCUAUCUAUUGCUAUGUUCCUAAGGUGGCGUGCACGAACUGGAAGCGGCUUAUGAUGAUCCUUUCCGGGCGUACCAACGAGACAGACCCACUCCACAUCAGCUCCCACAUUCCGCACGAGGAGGGAGCGCUCACCCGCCUCUCCUCCGCAAAGUACAAGACCUCGGUGCUGAGUUACAAGCUCCGCACCUACACCAAGUUCCUCUUCGUGCGCCACCCCAUGGAGCGCCUCGUCUCCGCCUUCAGGAACAAGCUGGCCAGCAACUCCUCCUCCGCCACAGACUUCAGGCGCAGGUUCGGGGCGACCAUUCUCAAGGUGCGGCGAGGAGUGGGCGCAUUCAGGAACAUCUCCAAGGCUGACAAGGGGCUGACCUUUGCCGAGUUCGUGUAUUACUUGAUCGAGAGGAGCUACACGGGCGGCCUGCAGAGUCUGAACGAGCACUGGGCGCCAUACUUCGAUCUCUGCCACCCGUGCACCAUCAGAUACGAUAAUAUUGGAUGUGUGGUGUGGAUGACGGAGGUCUUGUGUUGGUCUUACGUUGGAAGAAUCAGGUUUGCUCGGAGAGUAUAAGUUUGUUAAUCUUCACACCAGAGAGAGAGAAAGGUGUUUGCUGAAGAAAGGAAUGGGUGUCCUCAUCUGUUAUUGAAAAAGACACCAUGGAGAAACUUACCAUGUUAUCUGUUGAAUGAUUUGUAUGCCGCAAGUAAAGAAUGAAAUCUUAACACAUUCUGUGAUGUGAAAGAAUUGUCGACGUGUAUGUAUGACGGAAAAGGUAGAGGACAAAAUCUUCUCAUCUAUAAAGACUAUGAAGAAGUGUUGAAUGAUCUGUAUGAGGUAAGCAGAGAAUGAAAUCUUUGCAUAUACAAGAAUUACAAAGAAAUGCUGGAUGGUUUGUAUGAGGCAGGAUGCACAGAAUGAAAUCUUCACAUAAACCAGGAUUAUGAAGAAAAAUGCUAUUGUAUCCCUUGUGUUGGGUGAAUCAUUUGUGAGAGGGUGGAAUUGCUAACCCUCACGCACACAGCACUUGCUUAGCCUAGGGUCACAAAGCUGGAUUCCUUUGCAAGUAAGGUUAAGCCUAACAGCGAGGCAUCUCACCUACGCCUGGUCCGCUUGCUGUUCUUGCUUCUGGCGGGCCGUCUUGAGCCUGGUCCAGGUUUUCUAUAUUGGAAUAAUAAAAGAACGCCUUGACCGCA